AUGUCACCCACGGAUGCCACUACACCUUCUAUAGCUUACUACAGAGCCUUAGAAUCAGCUAAACUCAGUGACACUGAGGAGGAGAAGUUCAUCACUGUGUUUGAACUGACUACCUCUGCUGAAAAAGACCAAGAUAACUUCAAAGAGACCCUAAGUGAUGAAGAGUCCACCUAUGCAGUCAAUGUUUGGAUGCAGAGACACACAAUAAAGGAAGCAGAAACCAAUUCCGUUUUGCUUACGGCAGCUGAAUCCAGGUAUGACUUCACUGUCACUGCCUCAGAAGCUGUGACCAUCACAGGAGAGCCAGCUACUGACACAACAGAAGACCUGCCUGAAAAUAAUGCGACAGAAUCUGUACCUGAGGACAUUGAGUCACGUUCUGACACUCCAAACUAUGAGAAAGACACCUCCAUGGCUGCAAGUGGUAUCUUCAAGCUACUGAAGGAAGAUCCAGAUGAGCUCAUGAUGUAA